ACAGCCGCCUGUGACAAAAAAGAUGGCGCUCCGUCUGUGUCAAAAUCUUCGUCACCCGCUUGUCCCUCCAAGUAACUUUUCCAUGAAAGCCACUCGAACUCGCAAGCUCUCAGUCCAGAACAGUAUGCUAGACCAGAAAGAUUCACGCAAGCUAGUUUUGGAAGUAAAAGAGAAGCUUGAAAAAGAAUAUCGUAGUCUUCCUGUAGGCAAAAAUGGAAGAGAUGAUGACGAUAUGAUCCUAUGGUUUCUGAAGGACCGGAAGUUCUCUGUUGAAGAUACUGUUGCAAAAUUGACUAAAGCCAUUAAAUGGCGUCAAGAGUUCAAGGUGUCGGAAUUGUCUGAAGAGUCGGUGAAAGAUGUAGCUCAAACUGGAAAGGCAUAUGUGCAUGAUUUUCUUGAUGUGAAUGACAGACCAGUGCUCAUAGUGGUGGGAUCCAAGCAUUUUCCUGCAAUGCACGAUCCUGCAGAGAAUGAGAAGCUCUGUGUCUUCAUGAUUGAGAAAGCAUUGGGUAAGCUUCCUGCUGGGAAAGAAGAAAUACUCGGAAUAUUUGAUCUUCGGGGCUUUGGUACUGAUAAUGCAGAUCUUAAUUUUUUGACAUUUCUGUUUGAUGUAGCUUAUUGUUAUUAUCCGAGGCGGUUGGGCCAAGUCCUCUUUGUGGAAGCUCCAUUUGUGUUUAAGCCAAUUUGGCAGCUUGCCAGGCCCUUGUUAAAAUCAUAUGCUUCUCUGGUGAGAUUUUGCUCGGUGGAGACUGUCAGGAAGGAAUAUUUUACAAAAGGGACAGUGCCGGCUAGCUUUAGAGACCGAAAUGACUUAUCAAAAUAGAAAUUCUUAUAUGCAUCUCAUGGUUUGGUAGAACUGCAGUGGAGGCAUAUGGUUGGCGGUUCAGAUGGACCACAACUUCUUCAAGAUCAUUAGGGUUUGACGGUUGAACUUAUUCCACAUCUCCUUGGCCUCCCCAGUGACUGAAGAAUUUAUUUCUACCU